AUGACAUGCAUGGGACCAACAGACUGUUGCAAAAAGAGGAAUCGAGGUUCCGAAGAGCAGCUGGUCAGCAGUGCUGAAGGCGGUUCCUGGCCAUUUCGGGAGGAUGCCGAGAGGAGAAUGGCUCGGACAGAAGAAAUCAAAGAAUUCUGGGCCACGAUGCGGAACUCGAAGACUAGAGAUGAUGGUACUCGACUCAACCAAUAUUUGGAACAACUCGUUUCAGAUUAUGAAGUGCAUGAUACUUUUCCAUCUGAAGCCAAAUUUGGGAAGAUAGUUUUCUGUUUGCCCAACUGGAAGGCUGCGGGCUCUGAUAAAGUCUAUAACUUUUUCAUUAAGAAGUGGAUCUUUUUACAUCCAAAUCUAUAG